GCUAUAUGCGAGCAUUACGCUGAUCCGCUUGCUGUUCGUUGAGCAGCUCAUUUUACUUCUCUGGCUCCCGUUUUGCACAGUAUUUUGCUGGCUUGUUCAAAUCUGCUUUACCAUUUGAAAGUGGAAGCUUGUUUGAAGCUGGUGGCCGGAAAUAUACCGCAAUAUGGACCACUUCGCUCGUCUGCUACCGAGCUUCCCGAAGCUAUUCGACAACAAUAAAAGUGAAACAAAUUCAGAAGUGAAACCAGAAACUGACCAGAACGACAGCAAGACACAGACUCUGCCAGAACAGGAGCCUUUAGUGCUGUCGCGAGAAAAUCUUGCUUUUGAAGAAGACGAAAAACACUUGGAACCUAAAGAUACCUCAGCAGACUCGGCCUCUUCUACACUAGAAACCACAGUGGAAUUAAUGGAGAGCGAAACAGGGCCUGACGCGAAGGAGCUGGAGAAAGAGGGAGACAACUCUGGGAUUUCUGUCGGUCAAGUGAAUGGAAAUGACGUCAUUUCAGCAGAGGAAGAGACAAGGCACGAUGAAAAUGAUCAGGGUCCUAAAAUGAAGCCUGUUCUUGAAUCUAUCAGUGCAUUCGCCCUGCAAUUCAUGGAUGCCAAUGCACCCGAAAUUAAAGUGGAUAAGCCUCAGACACUAUUCUCGGUUGCCACGGGAGAUAGUAGUGAUACUCCACCAGAGAAAACUCCCCAGUCGCCCAGGAGACACACGGAGCAUAAUGUUACAAAUAAACUACUCGAGAAGAAUUCCUUAUUACCUGAAGCAGCUCUUACCAAGAGGCGACAUAGCGAUUUUGCAGUGUCGGCUCCUCGGCCCGUUAAUGAUGAGCUGGCCUCUCAAGAUUUGAAGAAGCAUGACUCAGUGGGAGCAGGACAAAGUAUCGUAAGGAAAGGUUCUCAUCCAGACGUUAUCAGAGCUAGUCGGGGACCCCAAUGGUCACCAAGUCUGGAAAGGAAACGUCUUGAUGAGGCAAAGAAAGGAAAAAAGAAAGACGAAAGACGGAAAACUUUAGCAGAAUUGGCUUUAGAAGCUGGUUAUACACCAAACAUCGAUACAGAAAUGCCUGUAUAUCAGCCUGGAUCGUUACAGGUCAUCAAAGCGGAUCCAUCUAAGGGAAGCUCCGAAAGCUUAUUGAGUGAGCAUGGGGAAGAACAUUAUAACAGUGUACCCGUGACAGGGGAAUUGUUUGUGAGCCUGCGAUAUGAGAUGCCGUCCAAAAGGUUUGAAGUACAUGUCCUCAGCGCUAACAAUCUUUCCUCUGCUGAUGCAAAAAGAUCUUCAUCUGAUCCUUAUGUGAAGACAUAUCUCCUUCCGGACCGACGGAGCAAGCGCAAAACCAAAACGAAAAAAGAUACCUUAAACCCACAUUUUGACGAAAUUUUAGAGUAUUUCAUGGGAUAUGACGAACUUCUGACACGAACAUUACAUCUGAGCGUGUGGCAUAAAAUGAUUGGACGAAACUGUUUCUUGGGUGAAAUUAAGAUUCCAAUGAACCAUUUUGUUGAAGCUGGAAAUUCGCUCGAGCGACCGGUAGCUAAAUGGUUUAAUCUGACCGAGAAGACCGACGAGACGGAUGGUCUGCCUUCAAUUCCUUGUGAACUAGUUUUGUCUUUGAAAUACGUCACGGCUGACAAAGUGAAAAAGAAAGGAAGAACUAAAGGUGAAUUACAUGUACAUCUGUUGGAGGCCAGGAAUCUUCCAGGAAUGGAUGCUAAUGGGAUGUCUGACCCGUACUGCAAAUGUCUUUUAUUACCAGACAAGAAAGGUAAAACUAAACACAAGACACCAGUGAUAAAACGAACCCUGAACCCCACCUUUGAUCACAAGUUCAAUUAUGAAGAACUGUCUCCUGAGGAUCUGAAGGAGAGAGUGUUGGAAAUCACCAUCUACGACUUCGAUCUUGCUUCCAGCGACGAGUUCCUCGGCGGCGUGCGUCUAGGCCUGGGUACCAGCUCUAACAAAUGGGAUGACUCGACCGAAGACGAAAGCCAAAUAUGGAAUACGAUGCUAAGUCGGUCUAAUGUCUGGAUUCAGGUUGUUGUUCCUUUGAGGUCCACCAUGGUAUCCACGAAAAAUAUGUGAAAUUCUGAAGCGGGAAACAGGAUGCAAAAUCCAAACACUAAAGCUUAGAUGAAUCGCGAGGAACACAUAAUUAUUUACUGCAUGGUGAAAAUGCCGACAGAAACCUUGGAAUUCACUCAAAAACUGCGGUGAUCUAUCUUGAGAUCAAUAUUGAAAUGUAAAAAGUACCAUGGUAAUGAUAAUUUAUCAUAGAGUUUCACUUUUCAUCUCAAGUAACAACCAAUUUCAUUUUGAUAGCACUGAAUUUCAAAAGGUGCUCUUUCUCAUGAAAAGAGAUAUAUUUUAAGAAUAAAAUCGCCUGUAGAAUGUAAAAACCUUACAGCAGAAAGGAUUGUCAGCCUCUAGAGCUUUAUGAUUUCUCGAAUUGAACGAUUUUCUUCGACAUGCCGCAACCAAAUCAGAUGAUAUCAUGAUGCAGCUACAAGAAUUUGAUCAGGGAACGAUAAUGGUUUGAGAACUAUUUAUGAUCACUGUCAAUGAUAAACACGCCAGAGAGCUUUGGAAGAAUUAUUAUAGUUGUUCUGGUUCGAUUUAUGAAUGCAUAAAAAAAAAAAA